UUUGCUUUGAGCAGCAAAUUUUGAAAAUCUUUCGACUGAACUAAAUAUUUUGGUUUAAUUGUGUAAUUUUUAAUUGAUUUAUAUUUCAUAGAAUGUCAAAAAGUUACAAAAUUCAUGGUUUUGAUGCAGAUGAUCCAAGAUUUCGUAUACGAUUGUUUUUCAUCACCGCAUGCUAUCAGUCCUUAUCAACAAGCUUGCUCAAGUGUUUCUGGUGCACUUAUAACGAGUCUCUUAAUGACACCCAUGGAUGUUGUAAAAACAAGACUUCAGGUACAACAAAAGAUGUUGUUAUCAAACAAAUGCUAUCUUUAUUGCAAUGGUUUGAUGGACCAUCUUUGCCCUUGUGGUCCCACUGGAAGUCUUAUACCUGAUAAACAAAGAUUCAAUGGCACAAUGGAUGCAUUUAUGAAAAUAUCACGCAAUGAAGGUCUCCGUUCACUUUGGAGUGGAUUAAGUCCAACACUUGUCUUAGCGCUUCCAACAACUGUUCUUUAUUUUGUAGCAUAUGAACAAAUUCGUGUUCGUCUUAAAGAUCUACAUAUGAAACAAUUAGGAAUGUCAAAUAGUGAAGAUUAUAGAAUCCCAAUGAUUAUCCCAUUGAUUGCUGGUUUGACUGCAAGAUGUUUUGCUGUGACUGUUGUAAAUCCACUAGAACUCAUUCGUACUAAAAUGCAAUCAGAGAAAAUGAGUUACACAGAAGUUGGUCAAGCAUUCAGACAAAUGAUUGGACAAUAUGGAAUGAAAGGACUUUUCAAAGGUUUACUACCAACAAUUAUGCGUGACGCACCAUUUUCGGCAUUUUAUUGGACAUCCUAUGAAGGAUACAAACGUUACAUGGGAAUUCUUCAACCAGAAGUAUAUCAAGCAUUUAUUGGUGGCGCUUUAGCAGGUUGUAUUGCUGCAACUGUAACUUGUCCUUUCGAUGUCAUUAAAACACAUCAACAAAUUGAGUUUGGAGAGAAAUUUGUUUACAAUAAGAAUGGCAACGGUAGCAAAAAGAAAAUGACAGGAACAUGGCAAACAAUUAAUAAUAUCAUGAGAUCAAGCGGAAUAUCAGGAUUUUAUGCUGGUCUUACACCAAGAUUGUUUAAAGUAGUAACAGCAUGUGCAGUUAUGUUAUCGACUUAUGAGUUUGGAAAAAACUUCUUCUAUGACUACAAUGUGAACAAGUAUUAUAAAGAAUACCCACAGGAGAAACAUGAAAAAGAAUCAUUAAAUGCAUCACUUAAUGCAAACAUAAAAUUGUAGUCAAGUUUGUAUUUAAUAAAUUUAUACUUAAAAAUUUGUAAAUAAAAAUUAAGAAGCAUGAAGCAUUUCAAAAAUGUGUUAAGGAAUUUUCUAGAACUUUAAAAAAAAAUCAAGAAAAAAUAAUUAAAAAAACGUGUCAUGUGUAUUCGCAUUUA